ACGGGGGGCAUAAGAACAUCCGUUUUGGGAUUAGACUCACGUCACGAUACGAAUAAGGAAAUAUGUUAUCAGAGGUGUUCGAUGGACAAUGCGUGUGUUUCUCCAGCAGGCAGCAGUCACCCACACUCCCGCUGGCCGCUAAUAAUGCGCUGAAGACGCGAGGAACCGUUUUUGCGGCAGCUGCCCCGCAGACCUGUCGCCGAAAAAUCGAAGCAGCGGGUCGCGGGCUCGCACCACGAUGGAGAUGAAGAUGAUGAUGAUGAUGACGGUGCGGGGAUGAGCGAUAUUAAUAGGAAGGCUUGAGUGUCUCAGCCUUUCAGUGUGGAGGGCAGGCGGGCUCGGGUCUUCCGAUCCAGAACGAGAGCGAGCAAAUAACAACAAGGCGGCCCACAUGGAUGUGCUGGCUGCCCUCAAUUUGGGAGAUUUUGCUCAAGCUUUCUCCAAAAUGGGAAUGUUUCCGGUCUUUGAUUUGGCUUAUUACAUCGUGUCCAUCCUCUACCUCAAGUAUGAGCCAGGCUCAGUGGAGGUUUCCCGCAGGAGUCCCGUGGCCUCGUGGCUCUGUGCCAUGCUCUACUGCUUCGGGAGCUACAUUCUGGCCGACAUCAUGCUGGGAAGUAGCCCCGUUGACUAUUUCCAACACAACAGCCACAUCCUGCUGGCCUCUGGUGUCUGGUACCUGAUCUUCUACUGCCCGCUGAACCUCUUCUACAAAUGCGUGGCCUUCCUGCCGGUCAAGUUAGUGUUGGUGGCUCUGAAAGAAGUCGUGCGCACUCGCAAGAUUGCUGCCGGCGUCCACCACGCCCACCACGCCUACCACCAUGGCUUCUUCAUCAUGGUCAUCGUCGGUUACGUCAAAGGCUCUGGAGUGGCUCUCAUUUCCAACUUUGAGCAGCUGUUGCGCGGCGUGUGGAGGCCUGAGACCAACGAGAUCCUCAAUAUGUCAUUCCCUACCAAAGCCAGCCUGUACGGGGCCAUCCUCUUCACCAUGCAGGAGACUCACUGGCUGCCGGUGUCCAAGAGCGUGCUCAUCAUCGGCUUCACCCUCUUCAUGGCCACGAGCAAGGUGUGGAUGACCGCCCGCCACUCUCACGGCUCCCCCUUCGCCCUCAUCGAGUCUUGGAUUUGCCACCUCCUCUUCCGCUCCCCCCUGGGUGGCUCCGAGGAAGACCACCACCACCACCCUCCGGCCGCCGCCGCUGCCCCUUCGUCGCUCAAAAGCAAAGAGGAACUGAGCGAAGGCGCUCGAAAGAGGAAAGCCAAAAAGGCCGAAUAGACUGUGAAAGUGCGUCUAACUUGCCAACAAACCCAUCCUCGUCGCUCUCGGUGCUUUCAGGAUUUAGACACUUUCUGUUUGAGCCAAAUUGUGCUCACAGUUUUGCAUUUUCAUUUACAUCGGACAAGGACUGUACAUACGAUCAUCCACUUCUCAACCUUCCCUGGCUAUUUUGAAACUAUUUAUAACGUUUCCAUCCGUGCCCGCCUGUGCUCAUUGUUGAAGUGUCAGCAAUUCAGUUUUGGUCGAUUUUACUCGUUUCAGAACAGAAAGUCAAUUUCUAUCGGAAAAAUGUGAAGAAAGCGAAAUGUGAAAAGAAAGAAGUUUUUACCUUGAGGCUUAAGACUUAUUGAAGAAUCUGAAUAAAAUUGGGAAAAUGUGGGUCUUGGUUUUCUUUUACUGAUUUUUUUAUUCAUGCACUGUAAUGACAUUGAGAGGUUUCUAAGUGAUGUAAAAGAUUGAGUUUGCUAUUUACUGUCCAGUAUUUGGCCAAUGUCAGAAACGAUGAUUUGCCAGGUCA